AGGAAAAGAACUGUAUUGGGUUUGUAAUUUUUAAUGAGCUUUUAGAGCCCAUUAAUAUUUUGAGAUACUUGUUGGUUACUCAACCGCCUAGGUUUGGGGAAUAAAAUUGCAAAUUAUCAGUUGAUAACUUACGAUGGCUGGCAAAGUCGGAAACGGAGACGGCGCCACCGCCUCUGUAAGAAACCCUAGCCAUUAUUUCUCUAAUCACCGCCGCAAAAUCAAACGAGCAAGAGUUUCAAGCGAAGAUUUAGACUCAAUCAGCUCUUUGCCUGAUGAGAUCCUCCAAGUUAUCCUCUCCUUCAUCCCGACGAAAGCCGCAAUCAGAACUUCGGUCUUGUCGAGAAGAUGGAGACAUAUAUGGUGCGAUAUACCUUCCCUCUCCAUCUUCCAAGAAGGCUGUACUAAUGCCCGUGAGUCGAUAGAGAAAAUCCUAUCUCGCUACACGGCUCGCAAGAUGAUGAGUUUUGAGCUCCGUUUAAUUUGGAACUACUAUUAUCCUUACGUUUACAGUUGGAUCGAGUUUGCCAUGUACCGAAACGUGGAGAAUCUGUCGCUGACACUUUGUAUCGAAGAUAUUCCUGAUUUCUUCUACAUCAAUUCCUCUGUCAAGCAACUUUACGUUAAGUCAGGUUAUACUAAAUUGGAUCCCAAAUGCUCCGUGUCUUGGACAUCUUUGAAGAUCCUUUCAUUGCACACUUGCAACAUCUAUGACGAACCCUUUGCUAAGAUUCUAUCUGGUUCUCCGAAUCUCGAAACCUUAAGAUUGUAUUUCUGCGAUGAAUUGUGUGUUCUUGAUCUCAGCAAGUCACCUCGUCUAAAAACAUUAGAAAUAGAAAGCGAACAUUGGCUUCUGGGGGCAAAGAUUGUGGCACCACAUAUCCAUUCCCUUAGAUUGAGAUUUACAAUCUCUGAUUUUCCAUAUACUUUAGUUAAUGUCUCGUCUUUAACCGAAGCUGAACUAGACAUUGACCCUGGCUCACUUAGAAAAUUAAACAGUAGUUUUCUUCAAACCAUUGUGCUAAAGAUUAUAGAGAAGGUGCAGAAUGUAGAGAAGCUUACUUUUGGUGAAAACUUUCUUAAGGCUGUAUCUCUUGCUGAACUCCAUGGUUUUCCUUUUCCCAAGUUGAAGGCUAAAGUUUUGACCCUUGAGACAACAAUCUCUCCAUAUGUUAUUUCUGGUAUAGUAAGAGUGCUACAAAACUCACCUGAAUUAAAGAAGCUAACCAUACGCACAAUGUAUAGUGACGCCUUACGGGAGAAGAAUCUUGACAACUACUUAGAUGCCUAUGUCUUGAAUCCGUAUCAAUUCCCGGAAGUGAGGGUCUUUGGAAACAUAUACUGUAGGAAUGUAGAGUCGAAGCAUGUGGCUUUGUUCAUGGAACUUGUUCUUAAAACCACAAAGACACUAGAGAAGAUGGUGGUAAGGUUGGGACCGUAUUCUAACACAAGAGGUUUUAAAGAGUUGCUUCAGAUGGUUCCAAUGCUUUCUCACGACAACAAUGUCUCCAUUGUGCUUAGCGCAACCAAAAGUCGAAUUAGAGAGACUAAGUGUAAGAACUUUGUCAUCUUCAAUUUGUUUGGACAGCGAAACCAUGGAUUGUGGCAACAUACAAGUACUGAAUGUAUCAAGAGGAGUAUUAUUGACACAUGGAUUAACAAUGCUGGUGUUAGUCAAAGCAUGUGGCUUCCUUUAUUGAACUUUUAUGCUUAAAACAACAAAGACAAUAUAGAAGAUGCUCGUAAGGCUGAUAUGUUAUCUUAUUAAAGGAAGAGGUUUUGAAGAGUUGCUUCUGAUGUUCCAAUGCUUACUCACAUGGAUUAAGUAGACAUAUAUAUACAUCAAAUCUCAUUUUCAGUUCUACUAUAUGUAAACUCUUCUUUAUUUGGUUAGGCAAUAAUCAUGACAUUAUUGA